AAUUCGAACGAAACACAACGUCGAGAUUUUUAAACGCUGCCUUCACGCCAAUGACCCCAUAAUGAGUUCAGCACUCCACUGUUCACCAUAGAAAACAAAGGCCAGAAAAAGGAGAGCAGAGGGUUGUCCACUCCCUGUCUCCAUUGUGCUCCGUGUGGCCUCCCUCGCUAUAUAUAGCCUACAAUAGGAGUCUUCCAAGUGCCAGUUAAAAAAUUAGAGGGAGGAAGAACAAUCUAUAAUAUUAGUAAUUGGAGGAGGGACGGAGAUGGGUUAUUUUUGGGGGAGAAAGAAGAGAGCGGAUAUAGUUAUGCUGGAGAACGAUGUGGGAGGGGAGGAGGAGGAGGUGGUGGUUGAGAAAUUGCCGGCCAUCCCUCCACCGCAGACGCCGAGGGAGCCGAUGGAGUUCUUGUCGAGGGCGUGGAGUGUGUCGGCGUCGGAGAUCUCGAAGGCGCUCCUUGCCUUCACCAAGAAGAGCAACUUCGUCGUCGAUCGCCUGCCGGAGAUGAUGAUCCCGGAGAACUUGGUUCUCAGUGCUGCUGCUCAGAGUCAGCAUAGACCGUGCACGGGCACAAACUCAAUCAUCACACACCGUGCAACAAUUGGGAAAUGGUUUCACCGCAAGGAGCCUAACAGGUUCAAAACAAAUAACAAAGAGAAGGAUCGAGCAGAGAAAGCCCGCAUCCAUGCUGCGGUAUCAGUAGCUGGAGUAGCUGCAGCAAUUGCUGCCAUGGCUGCAGGCACAAGCUCAGAGAAUCAAAACUCAAAGAUCAGUGCGGCCAUGGUCUCUGCCACCGAGCUCUUGGCAUCUCAUUGCAUAGAUAUUGCAGAGCUAGCAGGAGCCAGCCAUGAGCACUUGGUCUCUGCUAUUAGAUCUGCAGUAGAUGUUAGAACCGCAGGUGAUCUGAUGACUCUCACAGCAGCAGCAGCAACAGGUUUGGAGUUGCAUCCAAUUCCUAAGCAAGCACUCUGUAAGACUGUUCUGCUAUCAUUUAGUUCUCGACUGCUCAUUGAUUUUGAUCCAUCAGCAUUACGCGGAGCAGCAGCAUUGAAACUGAGAGUGCAAAGAGAAGCAAGGAACGAUGCGGAGGUCAUCCCUUAUAAAAAGGGCCAAUUUGGCAGUCCAGAUAUCUGGUGUAAGGAAGGCGAGCUGCUCAAACGCACGAGAAAAGGGACUUUACAUAGGAACAGAGUAUCAGUGUAUAUCAACAAGAAACCACAGGUCAUAAUAAAGCUUAAAAGCAAACAUAUAGGAGGUGCACUUUCAAAGAAGAAAAAGAGUGUUGUUUAUGGUGUGUACGAUGAGGUCCCAGCAUGGUCAGGGCGUGAAAAGGAUUGUGCUGAAGAGAGAUGCUGUUUUGGCUUGAGAACAGCUCAAGGACUCAUAGAGUUCGAAUGUGAGAACAGGACUAGCAAACAGAAGUGGGUGGAUGCAGUGCAAAACCUGCUUCGACAAGUAACUGAUAGUGCAGAGCAAGUAGAGCACUCUCUGGAAGUAUUAAAACUCACCUAGUGUAGUUUAUUUACAAAUAGCCAGCUUUGCCCACAAGGCAAUAUGUAAGAACAGUGAAGUACAUAGAUACUCAGAAAGCAAAGAAAUUUGGCUGUUUCUCUACUCAGAAAGCCCAUAUCACUGAGUCAUUAAUAAAGAUUGUGAAGCAUUCUUCCUCUUAU